AUGUCUACCGCUAAGGAAAAUUCCUGUAGGAAAUUCCAGGCGAACUUUUUCAACAAAAGCAAAUGUCAGAACUGUUUCAAACCCCGGGAGCUGCAUCUGUUGACGGAUCAGGAUUUAACACAGGCUAAGCCGAUUUAUGGUGGAUGGUUGUGCUUGGCCCCUGAGGGGACUGACUUUGACAAUCCUAUGCAGCGAUCGCGGAAAUGGCAACGGAGAUUUUUUGUGCUUUACGAACAUGGUUGUCUUCGCUUUGCCCUUGACGAAUCGCCAAGCACGCUGCCUCAGGGUACAGUCAACAUGAAUGCAUGUACUGAUGUCAUCGAUGCAGAACCAAAGACUGGUCAGAAAAACUCCUUGUGCAUAAUCACCCCAGAACAGGAGUACUUCAUCAGAGGAGAGAAUAAGGAGAUCAUUAAUGGGUGGACUGAGCAGCUGGUUGUGUAUCCCCGCACCAAUAAACAGAACCAGAAGAAGAAACGCAAAGUUGAGCCAACGACCUCCCAGGAGCCAGGGCCGGCCAAAGUAGCAGUGACUGGCUUGGGUAUCCCUGAGGCAGAGAAAGUUCUAGACUCCAGUUCAAUCAUUUGGCAGGAAGAAUUGAACCAAAGAGAGGCUGAGGCGGCUACAGUUUGGGCCUCUGCUGAACUGCCUUUAGGAUCGCCACUACCACACCCAACAGGUGAAUGUACAUCUGUCAGACAGGGGUCUGACGCAGGCUCAGUGAAUGGCGAUGAAGUGGAUCAGGGUAGCUUGGCCUUGCACGGUUCUGCGCCACAGCCGCCGGCUGACCUCCUUUCCCCGACAGGCUCCUGCUCUAGCCUUGGCGGUGUACCCCGCUGCCUCUCUCCAGCUCCUAGUGACCCCUUCCCUUCUGGCAGCUCGCUGCUCUCUAACGGCUCACACAUUAGCGGUUCGGUAAGCUCCCUGGACUCCGAUGCCAGCGGCAGCACAGUGACCAGCACUGAGAGCCACCCGUCCACCCAGAGGGGGAACCACUCAUUUAGUCACCAUGACACGCCUCGAUCCCGAAGGCUGGAGGCAGAAGCAAGAAAGGCAGAGAAGAGGAGCCGGUUUAGGAGCCCUGACAGGGAGGCUGUGCUCAGCCCUGAGAGGAGUCGCUCGGGCGUUAUUGAGAAGUUGGAAGCCCUGGAGCUGGAGAAUCCAGUGAAAAUGGAGGUGGACGAGUCACACAAGAGCGGCGCUCGACAAGGCCGCAGUGAGCUCAGACGUUUCCAGAGAGAGAGGUCCACCAUAGGUCAAGGUCUGGUUUUCCCUUCCUCCAUGCCGCUUUUUAGGAGAGCCAAGUCCCUUGACCGACGGACCACUGAUUCCGUCAUGACACCAGAUUUACUGAACUUCAAAAAAGGAUGGAUGGUGAAGCUGGAUGAACAAGGACAGUGGAAGAAGUACUGGUUUGUAUUGACAGAUCACAGCUUGCGGUUCUACAAGGACUCCAUUGCCGAAGAGGCUUCUGACCUUGACGGUGAGAUUGAUCUGUCAACAUGCUACAAUGUCAUUGAAUGCCAGGCUCAACGAAAUUAUGGUUUCCAAAUACAAACUCGUGAGGGAAUUUACACACUUUCGGCAAUGACAGCUGGUAUACGGAGGAAUUGGAUCCAGGCAGUUAUGAAAAAUGUCCGACCAUCUACUGCUCCCGAUGUUGCAAGCUCAACGGACGACCAUCGUUCUCAUUCUCCACUGGUCAGACCAGAUGUGACACAUGACUCUCCCUCCUCUGAAACCUCACACCCUGAAAGAGAAACUACUCAAGGCUUCGUUAAGAGCCGAGUACGAGAGCGUAGGCGAGAAGGCCGUUCGAAGACUUUUGAUUGGGCCGAGUUCAGACCAAUCGCCCAAGUCCUGGCUCAGCAAAGGGCACUGGAGGCCGAGAGCCUAAAGGCAGACAUAGGAGAGCUUGAGCGUAGUCGAAGGCGAGAGGAGAGGAAAAAAAGAUUCGAGUCUGUGACAAGCUCAACGAUGGAGCCUUUGCCGCUGAAAGACGGUGGAAGAACGGAUGUUCAGAGUCCAGACAGAGUACCUCAAUCACCCGAUCCUCAAAUCGUAGAGAUGCAUCAUAAAGUAGAGGAGGUGAUUGAGCAACAUUGGCGACAGGUAGAGAAGACGCCGAUACGGGAAGAGCGAAGGGUGCCGCUACCUUUGACUGUUCCCGCAAGAGAGGCUGUGGAGCUCGAAAAGCUACUGGAGAACUACAAGAAAGGGAUAGAAGACCUUAAAACACAAUUGGAAGGCUGUCACCAGCAGCUGCUUGACUCCAAUAAGCACAAACAGCAGCUAGAACUGCAGCUGAGAACAGCUCUGGAGAGAGAGCAUGACAUACGGACGGGUUACAUAUCUCCGCUGGAACACCAUUUGGGUCUGGAGGCUGAAGUGACGCCCCAGAUGAAGAGGCCAGAACUGGUUAGUCCUCAAGCACAAAGUUUAACAAAGAAGUACCAGGAGACCAAAGAACUCCUGAAGCUACAAGAGUUGAAAAAGCGCAAUAUGCAGGCACAGCUUGGCAUUUCACUUUCUCACCACCCUGCUAAGGAACCUUAUUUUUCUGAACACUCCAAAACACCCGUAACAGAAAGCACUGUGCCUGAACCUGUCCAACAAACCGUUAGCCUUAUAAUCCUGGAUAGUGCAGAAGCCGUUCAAGAGUUUCACGACUUAACAACUGGGAAACAUCUCACCGUAAAGGAGCUGACGAAGCUGUUAAAUUUCCACUCGUGUAAUCAAGAAACAGCCGAGAAACAACAACUUCAGAAGCUCUUGGAGACCUGGAAAAGCCAACAGGAGGCUGACAAUGAAAUGACGAGAAAGACUUUGGCCCGAGCCGGAGAAACCAUCCGCGAAUACGAGUCUCGUCUCUUAAACAUGGAGGAUUUGGUGGGGAAGGUUCAAAAGCAAAGUCUGGAAAGCCUUUAUGGUCCUCUCUCCAAAAUUGAUAACCAUUCAGAGGCAAAAGAGCAGACUUUCGGAAUACUUUCUCAGAGGAUAGAGAUUUUAACGAGUGAAAAUUGCGCGUUAAAACAAAAAUGCCAGGAGAUAGUCAACCAACUGACUGAGGCAGACAGAGAAAUAGACAGACUAAAAGCUGAGCUUCUCAGCCAUCAGUGUGGCAAACAGCAUCAUCUUGCUAUGGAAGAGAUGAAACGACUAAAAGCUGACUUGGCUGAAAGCCAAGCUAAUGCCAUUGACCGGGAGUAUUUUGAGAGAGAGCUGAAUGAGAAAUCGCUGAGGCUCCGUGAAGCUUUAGUUUCAUUGGAGGAGCUCGGCAACACCCUAAAGAGCACUGAGAAAAAACUGCAGUUAAAAGAAGCUACACUGAAAGGUCUGGGAUUCCAAGCAGAUUACGAAGCUGACGGACUAAACCUGGAGAAGAAGCAUCUUCAAGAGCUGCUUGAAGCCUCACAGAAAAACUUAUCCGACACUGAGGCAGCCCUCCAUACUACGCAAAAGCACUGUAUUGAACUUGAAUCUAGGAACCGUGAAUUAAUCGCACUGCAUCAGAAAUCUGAGGUGGAGAACAGAGCAAAACUUAGAGAAGCCGAAUAUCAAAUAUCAAUGCUACAAGAGAAGUUAGAACUAAAGAUGAAGGGAGGUGAAGAGUCUAUGGAUGUUGGCGACGGUGUCCAGGAAGGAGAAGAGCAUGUUGAUAAAGGUCUUUUAAAGCAAGUAGUAGAUGAGCUCGAGCGGAGGUCAGAGGCAGUUAAUCAAGUUUUAGACAUGUUAUCAAAGGUAGAUGUUGAUGUAGAGAAAAUGCUGAAACAUUUAAAAAGUGCUUUAUGUGUAAAGAAACUCCUCCCUUCUCUAAAUCCAGACAAGUUGGUUUUAGAGGCGGAAUUCUUGAGCCAGAUUCUGAGUCAGCCAAAACAAAAUCCUCUUGACUAUGAAAACAAUUUAGCAGAGAUUGCUCAAAAACGCUGGAACUUCUUGAUUAGUCAGAUUUAUACCGACGCGAAAGCUGAGAGAGACGUAAUGGCCGAGUCGGAUUUCACAUUGAUGUAUAACUGGCUCGAUAAUGAAACAAAUAGCUUUAUUCUGAAAGAGUUAACGGAAGCAUUAAAGGAGAAGGCAAACUCAUUGGCUGAAAUGGGACGGAGGGUUCAGUUAGCUGAUGAUGAUAAUCUUUUGUCUUUAGUUCUAGCGAGCUUUAAAUUUGGUGAAGAACAGAGGCAGUCAUCCGAGUAUCUGCUUGAUGCACUUAAAGAUGCUUGUAUGUCCUAUGCAAUUAUUAGGCUAAAGAUAAAGCAUGAAAACGAACUUGUAAAAAAGCAGGUCAAUGUCGGAGUAGAUGGGUUUGAGUGUCCCAGGUGUCCAGAAUUGCAAAAGAUUGCUGAAGAUCUGCAGACCCAACUAGCAGACCUUCAUACUCAGUUGAGUGAUGCGUCUUUGAAAACCGUUUCACAGCUAAAUGCUUUCGUAAACUUAGGAGAGCCUGAGAAAACCGGUGAUAUGACACCUCAUGACAUUGCAACCAAGCAUGAGAGGGAACGUAAAGACCGCUAUAAGCAGGAGGCUGACAAACUGAGGGAGCAAAUUGCUGAAGUCAGUGAAACUCUUAGCUAUCGUUCAGAAGAGAGCGCCAGAGAGAUUGAUUCACUGACAAACUGCAUGGAGGAUCUCAAAAAGCAGCAUGAGUUAGAACGAAUGAACCUCAUCGAGACCUUUGACCAAGAGAUGGAGGAGCUGAGGAGUAUGAUUGCACCUUCCAAAGUGUCUUCGGCCGAGGAAGGUCAGUCACAAGGCAACCCCGGCCGAACGUCCAAUAUCAAAGAGGGAAUCCAGGAGCUGCUGACGCAAGUUUCAGUUAUGACUGAAGAGAUGAGACGUCGUGAAGAGCAGGGCGAGAUAACCACCCUACGGCUGAAAUACGAGAAAGACCUGGAAAAUUUAAAGGCGACUUGUGAGAGGGGCUUUGCUGCAAUGGAAGUAUCUCAUCAGAAGGUGAUCGAUGAGCUCCAAAGGAAACAUCAGAGAGAGCUGGAGAAUCUCCAUGAGGAAAAAGAAAGACUAUUGGCCGAAGAGACCGCAGCCACUAUUUCAGCAAUUGAAGCAAUGAAAAAUGCGCACCGGAAUGAGCUGGAGAAAGAGCUGGACAAGGCUCGUAAGGCCAACAGCAACACGGAGAAUGCAGACGUGGAGGAGAUCCGCAGACAGCAUGACGAGGAACUGUGUUCCUACCAGCGAGAAAUUGAGGUGUUGUCAGAGCAGUAUUCCCAGAAGUGCCUUGAAAACGCCCACCUCGCCCAUGCGCUGGAGGCUGAGAGGCAGGCCCUCAGGCAGUGUCAGAGAGAGAACCAGGAGCUCAACGCUCACAACCAGGAACUUAACAAUCGUCUGGCAGCAGAGAUCACCAAGAUGCGUUCAAUGACUUCUGAGGACGGGCUUGGAGACACAAACGCAAUUCAGGGGAAAGAGCUCUACGAGUUGGAAGUGAUGCUGAGGGUGAAGGAAUCUGAGGUCCAGUACUUAAAGCAGGAAAUCAACUCCUUAAAAGAUGAACUCCAAGCAGCACAAAGAGACAAAAAAUAUGCAACAGAUAAAUACAAAGACAUCUACACAGAGCUGAGCAUCGUCAAGGCCAAAGCCGAGCGGGAUCUGGGGCGGCUCAGGGACCAGCUCCAGCUGGCUCAUGAGGCACUUGGUGAACCUUCGCUAGAAGAAGUGGACCGAGGAGGAGGAUAUGACAUAAUGAAGUCCAAAAGCAACCCAGACAUUCUCAAAAUGGCAGCUGCAGCGGCCAAACGCUCAGAACGCACCAUGAGGUCAAAGAGUCUUAAGGAAGGGCUGACACCUGAGCAACGACUCCACCUGUUUGAAAAUAAGGACACUAAGGAGUUUUGA